GUAGACAUGACAGCUGUGCAUUAGAUCCUAACAAAACACAACAAACACUCUCAAUUAUUAUAAAUUUCAAUUUUCUUCAAAAAAAUCAAUUGAAAAUUGAAAAACAACAUCAAUAUGAGUAGCAGCAUCAAAAAGACUAAAUCACUGAACGAUGAACAGAAAAGCAAGAAAGGAAAAAACGAAUUCGUUCGCCUGGCAGUCUCCAAUUAUAUGAAGGACAAGCGAUAUGGAUCAAUCAAGAAACUACGUCGCCCAGAUUCCAGUCUUUCCCAAGCCAAUAAGCAGUUUUUCUUCAACAAAAUGAUCAAAGACGAUGCAUUCAUCAAUAAUUUCUUUCUAUUCUCAAACGUCACUUGCAAUUCCACCAACUACAAGAUUAUCAGUGAUCAAUUUAAUAAGUUCACGAGUUUCGUUGAGGGCCAAAAAUUGGAGAUCAAAGUACAGUUGCGCCGGUUCUAUGGACCCAUCAUAUGCCACUUGUAUCUGGAAAUCCUCAAAGGUAGAGAUUCCUCCCAGGCUAUGGACUUUCUGCGCAACAAUGCCCAUCAUGUACCAUCGGAGGGAGAUUUGAUUGCGAGAGGCAAAACAGCUCCAACCGAAUUGGAAACCAACUGCAACUUCAGAAUAAGGUACUUUAUUAAUUUGGUGAAACUCCUGUUCGCCUGUCCCAAUCUUGACGCAGCGGAGAAAGUGAAGGAAAUCGUUGCUUUCCGGAGUUCCAAAUUCGAAAUUGACGUCAAUAUCGAUGCCAUACAGAUUUUAAAUGAUUUUCUCAAAAAUCACGCAAACGUCCUGCUCCUCAGUACGAUCCACACUUGGAUGCACAUCAACGUCACCGAUGUCAAGGACCACAAGUCAGAUAACCUCAUCUUCAUCAAGGAAAAAGAACGACGUCUCCUAACCGAAAUGAAACCACCAUAUCCUGUUAGGGGUGCUAAGAAAGAAAAGGCAGACGUCUUGAAAACCCAACAAUCGAACGUCUUCCAGGUGGCCCUCAAGAAUAUAAAUCAUGUAAUGCACGAAAUGAAGAAAGUCCAACAAGACUAUCCACACUACGUAAAAGUUUUCGACCCCGAUAAGUUCUUGACAUCAGGACAUUCUGACAAAAAUCAAUGCCAUGCUGCUGCGGGCUUUGAUGAUUCGGUGGUGAAGCUCUGGCAACACAGCAGCCAGAUGUUGAGAGGGAAAAAUGUUUAUUCUUCUCACAGCGAAUCCAUUUGUCCUUGGCAUGUAAACAAUAGAUUCACGGAAGAGGAGGAAGAAGAAGAUGAUGACGAUUUGAACAAGAAGCUUGACGAUGAAGAAGAAGAAUUCCCAGUUGGAAUGAACAAUCAGGCAGUUUCUGGGGAGAUACUUUUGCGGGGUCACAGUCGAGGAGUUACUGAUCUGCGGUUUUCAUCACACUUUCCGAUUCUCUUGACAGUAUCCAAGGACGAAUCGAUGCGUUGUUGGUCGGCGAAAAACUAUCGCUGCUCCAGGGUCUACAAUGGUCAUAACAAUCCAAUUUGGUGUGUCAAUGAGAGCCCCAUCAGCUCGUAUGUGGCAACAGGCUCGAAAGAUCUCACAGCACGUCUGUGGUGUUUGGAAAGAGACUUCCCACUCAUCACCUACAUCGGGCAUACCCAAGAUGUGAAUUGCCUUGCAUUUCACCCGAACGGAAGUUACAUUGCCACUGGUUCUGAUGAUUUUUCUGUUCGCCUAUGGUCUGUGGCGACUGGAAAAGUUUUCCGAGUCUUCUCCGAAGCAAAACAACCAAUUACAUCGGUGGCAUUUAGUCCGGAUGGUAAACAUCUGGCUGCUGCAGGCGACGAGAAGCGAGUAAGAAUUUUAGAUCUGGCUGCUGGGCAACAGCUGUGUGAGCUGAAAGAGCAUGCCACAAGCAUUACGAGUAUUUCUUGGAGUGCCAACGGCGAGAGAAUUGCAUCGGGCAGUAGCGAUGGUAUUUUGAAAAUUUGGAAUAUCAGUAAGUUGGAUGCACUUCGUCCGAAUGACCGCACCGAAAGCAGUAACAGUACCGCCUCAACAUCAAACUCUAUAACUCCGGUUUCAUUUUCCAGCAGCAACUUGAGUCGGGUGUGUAAGGUGGAAUAUAGCCCGGAUAAUGUCCUCACAUGCAUCGGUAGAAAAUAAGCAAUUUCAAUAUAAAUUAUUAUAAUUUAAGUUCAAUUUUCUUCUAACAUAUUAUCUACUAAAUAUUUAAUUAUAAAAAUAUAAACAAUUAAUUAACAAAAGA